UGUAACAAAAGCACAGCCGACCGUGCCGCAGUACCUGUCUCACUUUUUGUAAACGCCGCGCCAAGCCGACCCAACUCCUAUCUCUGCCGUACGUGGCUGGCGGGGACUGCCUCGCCGCGGCGUGGUUGGCGGGGAUGCCUCGCGCCCGGCACCUGAGGCGCGCGCGACGCAGGGUGGGCCCCGCCGGUGGCAGGCCUGAGGCCCAAAUCCCCUUGAAGCCCACCCGUGGAAGAGGCACCCUUACCUUCCAGGGUAGGACGCAAACACUUACCAAACGUUUACUUCUCCCGUCAGAGAGGCCUCCAAACACUUGCCAACACUCAGGCUUGCCCAAACACUUGAAUUUAGCUGAAAACACUUGCGCGCCGCAGUACCCGCACGUGCGAUUGCCCCUAUCAGCGCCCCUGAGCCUGCCACCGCCGCAACAUAGCCACCAACGACGUGCCUUAGGCCGAACGCAGCCCUAUACGCCGAGAUAUUCUGGUUUGUACUCCUUUUAGCCCCCUUUGUGCCUACUAGAACCCACUAAGACCAGCC